AUGGAUGUGGAUUAUAUUGCAUACUUCAUGGUACUUCAGUAAACAGACAGACACGAGGCUGCUUUAAUAGACGUUUCGCGGUGUAUAUGUACAUACCUUGGUGUGUAUUCCAGAGUGAUGUCAUGAUGCCCUUUACGCAGCAGCAUAUUCUCCAUCCUGAUGGCCUGUUAGUAUUCAGAACUCUGGGCACGAAUGUUAUUCUAAUGUUUCAGAAAAUAUAUUCGUAUUUCCAUAGGUUACCAUUCGCUAGCAAAUGAUCACUGUUCUGAGCUCUUUAUAUAAAACGAUAGUUGUUUUCCAAAGAAUAACAAAAUAUUCAUGUUAUUAGCAAAUAUCAAAACUUGUCCGUCAAUACGAACACUUGUAGCUGGGCGUUAAGCCAGCAUCAAACAUACACAGUCCACCGAAACUUUCGAAUGACGGGUUGAAUUUGCAGAACAUGGGAGUUUUUCCACCGUAGUUAACGAUCCCUGCAAAAUGUGCGGACCAAUGAUACGCGUCUAGUAAUUAUUAACAGACGGUGAUUUAACUAACUGACGUACCUUUCGGACGUUCUGCCAUUUAGUCAUGGACAAAAAACGAGUAGUUGAAUUGAGUACAUUCACUUUGCUUUUAUCCUCUUACAGAUCCAUAUUGCAUGCGCCUGUGGUUAUGUCGACGUCGCUCGCUACCUCCUUGAAUGUCAUGUUGACCCCCAAAUCCCCGACAGUGAUGGCUGGCUCCCAAUCCACAUUGCCGUCUGUUGGGCCCAGGUACGCUGCCAAAACUUCCGUUUGCAUCUACAAACAAUAAAAGCUGCACCCUUUUUGUUGUCAGCGUCCCAUUCACUUCCUAUUCAUUCUAUUCAGAUUUUACAGCACACAUGGAAUUCUGACGAUCGUAGAGAAUGCGAGCAGGGGACGGAUCUUAGCAGAGCAGGAGGUUAACAGGGGGGAGUUAUUAUCUAAAUCUCGUUGUCAUAUCGACGUCUUAGGCCGUUCGUUUACAAGGCGCCUUAUUCUUUUCAUAGUCUGAUUAAAUAAAAUUACCGAGCUCAGAGCUUAAAAGCUUUACACUGAUUGCGGCUAAUUUGACUUGGUCUUUGGGAGACCACACACUCGGAAGCACUUGGCACUGUAUACAGCAACCUUCCUACUCGGCAGCAUCCGAAACAAAACGCGACGGCCCCAAAACAGAGUUUAUUCGGUUGUUGGCCUGUCCGCUAUCAUGCACAGUAGUCGUCAACACUUAUGGAGCACUGGAUGAGAUUGCUGAAAUUACUCCGAGAGACAAAAUGUCAACCAAGUGGAUCAAAUAACAGGAGACACCUUCCUAAAUCAUUGUCUUGGUCAGAGGUGGUUAUUCAGCCGCACCUGAGGCAAACAAACCCCAGCCGCCAAAAAUACGGGAAAGGUGGUAAAAGUGGGCUUUUUACGGUUGGGGCCGGGGAACGCACAGGCGACGAGCUCAAGUAGUUGUAUGGAAAAUAAAAGUUAUUGGGAAUGGGCGGUUGUAAUUUGAGAGGAUGAGAAAUAUUUGCCCUAACCCCUGAUCCCAAAACCUAACCCUUAACCCUAAUCCCUAACAGUAUUGUGUCCAUCAGGUGCGGCUGGUUAAACACAUCUAACCAAUGUCUAAACAAUAACAUGCAGACCGUUUCCUAACCACCUCUUCAGCCACACGCAAUGAAUCUAUCUGCAAGUAAUGACUGUCUUUUAUGGAGUUUCGGCAUCGUCGUAAAUGCAAUGCAGUUCCUAAAUACAUGCAGAAAAAUGCCCUUUUUAUGCUUGUUUUGCAGGACAUUAUGUUUUCGUCAACUUUUGAUCUGAGCAAAGAAAUUCUGCCAUUAAAAGUUUGAAAUUAUGAAGGCGGUUAACAUGCUUACGUUAUUAUUUUCGUAGUCCAGUUUUUACAAAUUUAUCAGUAUCGCUUUCAAGGCAAACCACUUAAUUCAUAUCUGCUGCGUCGUUUAUGAACGUCAGGUUUUUUCAUGCAUACAUAUAGUGCAUGAUUAAGGACAACAUAAAAGCCAGUUUUCAACAUUUAAAGGAGGUAGUAGACUUUUAAAAGCUAAACUUAACCACCAUUUGAGUAAAAAUAUAAAAUAAAUGACAAUGAAUUUUGGAGCGGGUUUGUAUAAAAGGCGAAUAAACUUGAGCACGACCAAAACACUAACAGAACUCUUCACAGCACCUAAGUAAAGAUACGCCCUACAAGAGUGCGUUUUAUGGAUAUUCGAAAGGAUUUUGAGUCAAAAGUAGAAACUCAAAGCAAGUAAUUUAUCUCAAGAGGGUAUGCCAAUCCAUUUGGUUUAGCAAAGACUGAUGAAGACUAUUUUCUAAUUAGAAAUAUUCUUUGGCCUUUUGGUCAGUUUUUCAGGAGGGUAUGCCCCUAAUAAGGCAUCCAAAUAUCUUGCUUAUUAAUUUCCUAUCUGAGCUGUCUUGCAUUCCAAACUCUCUAACAUUAGAUGAGCAAUCUGGACAAAGUAAUGGUGGCAUUCAUGCACAAGCUAUAUCGCCAGUUAAGUGUUACGUUGUGCCUUUGUUUCCAGUGAUGCUGAUAGGCGUCAGAGAGAACAGGGGCGAUGGGCGAGAAUGUGAACUGGCACAAGUUGGCGCACUGUCGAUUCGGCCUUGGUUCAGAUGAGGAUAACGUCGUCAAAUUACACGAGACAUUUAACAAGUUCGUUUACUAAUCAAAACGGAAAUAUUUUAAAGACAGAUUGUGGAAAAAGCAUAACCCACAUAUCCAGACAGUUUUGUUUUGAGAGUCGCCUCCUCCGUUGAAUUACGUAUUUCCCGUAAUUUCCCUUAAAAAGUAAUAUCGGAUUUUUGAAAUGUCGGACUGUCAGGUUUCUAACGUGUUAUUGAAUAUACGUGUCAGUAUAAUGCAGCUUUUAACUGCGUUGUGUACAUUCGGCAGAAUAGUCACCCAGCUAGAAAAUAACCCCGCCCUGCGUGUCAGAACACAUGAAGGAUGGUUGACUUCGUAAUGCCACCUGGUGCACAAUAACACUUCACAGAUAUAGUAAUCAGCUCCCAUUUAUCAGAGGGACGGCUAUAAAGACGAUUUGACGUUCGCCUGCGUCCAACAAGAAAGGCCUUUGGGCUAUGCGAGUUGGUUGUGCCCAUGCCCUGUCGUAUCGAAGGUUUUUUAAAAAAGCAGAACUAUCCUUCGCCUGAAGAGGUAUAUGUGUAUUCUGAUAAUUUAAGUGGCGAAUUCAACCAUCCUUCUUUAGAGUUAGAAGAUUCCUGUGCAUAGGGUGUAGAUUAGGCACGCAGAACACGAGCACACCCUGCCCGACGCGUGGAACGCCAGUACGGACUGUGAGUGGGACAGGGGUCCAUCUCAACCGUGCACUGUGUCACCAUGGGCCCUUUAUCAGCGAUAAGAAAUGGCGACCCCAGCGGUCAGGCCUCUUGACUAUCCCUUAUUAACUUGCGAUGUAGACCCCAAACUACUCGGCAGGAUGCUUAACUUAACACUUGGUUGACAGAAAUGCCUAUUAAAACUUUCUGAUAUUCGGUCGGUAAUCAAUUAUCCCCCGCCCCUCGAUAGGACAGGGGAAUAGGAGCGCUCUCCUUGUAGAACAGGCGACCUAACGCUAAAUUCCAGCAAAGCUACCUAUUCCCAUGUCCCAGCCCCAAUACCAACCCUGAACGUAAGCCCAAUCCCAUUACAAUCUCUAGCCCUGCCCUUAGCCCUAAACACUAACCUUAGCCCUAGUCCCAAUAUUAACCGCAACCCCACCGUAACCGCAACCUUAGCCCCUAUUUCCUUGGAAUUUACCGCACAACCACCUGCUCUACAGGGGGUUUCUACUUUCGUGUCCUGUUGUUGAGGUAGUUCAGUUAGCCUUAUUAUCAAGCCUAAAAAUACAUUCUGAACCAGUGGCCACAGCACUGGCCCAUGAUCUCAAGCACACCUUGGGGGGGGGGCCUCGUAGCUCAGGUGGUUAGAGCGUUGGCUGCGCUAAAGCCUUCCCCUUACUGCGUGGGUUCGAAUCCCACCGAGGCGCCGAGUUUUUCACAGUUGGGUCAUUAUGAAUAUGCUGGGCUGUCAGUUUUUGCCACAGGUCUAGGUUCAACUUCGUCAACGGGGUACUUAUGCACCCGCCUCCAUCGUACUUGUCUUCUCAGCGACUGAACUGAAUUCGGAACACAGUUGACUUCUAUUUGUCCGGAAUGAGAUCAUUCGGACGUAUCACAAGGCAGACUGGUCGUGCCUGUGGGCCAUUCCUGCUUCGAGUGGCACGAGCAAUUCAACUGAAGCCGUUGAGAAACCACUUAUGUGCAGAAUACUUGGCCGUAACAGGUUAGAUUAAUCCUCUUGUCUUCAGGAGGGCAUUCAAACCCUCUCAAGAAAUAGCCAUGAAUGCUCCUCGAGCCUGAAGCACUCCUCGUUGUGGCAACUGUAAGACUGUGUCCGGUCGGUCGUGCUGAUGAGAGUAUUUUUCCGGCAGUAACUUGUUGCUGUUUUCGAAAUCUGCCACUGUGGACAGCAAGGAAAGUAGUUGGAUAAACCAGGCUUCCCCCGCGGUUAAAAAUGGCGCUGUACGCGUCAAACGUGAUGCGACUCAUAAUGUGGACUGUGGAUUUUGCGCUUCAGGCUCUGAAGAUUAUGAGAAAUUUCAGAUUGAAAAUAGACAUCUCCUACUGAACGCCUUUCCUCUUUCUCAUGCAUAGCUGUGAAUCACACUUUCAUUGCUGUUAUCAGUUCUAGUUAUUUUACUAUCCAAAGGGCUUAGGAGAACUUGGAAUUCAAAAUGAAUUUAUGCAAACUGUUUAUCUGUGUGCCGCCGCUGGUUUUAAAAGGCCUCACGCGCACGUUACCCACACGUGGUGAUCUUAUAACGUAUCCCUCGACUUAGAGGCGUUUUGGCAGAUUAGAAAUAAUUCACUUUGAUCCAACUGUGAAGAACUCGGUGCCUUGGUAGGAUUCAAACCUACGAGAAUAACGGGAGACUUCAGUACAGCCAAUGCUCUAACCAUCUAAGCUACGAGGUCCCAAAGUUGGGUCCAAGUGAAUUAUUCGAAAUCCGCCAUAAAACCUUUGAAUUACGCGAGUCUGGCAGUCAUCUGGUGGAUUCUAGGUGUAUUUCUUAGGAAAUCCUUCAUGAGCAGUCAGCAUACUGUAUCAGAUUUGGUGGUACCAGACGUUUCAGUAAGUGGGGCGGGUAAACUUGACCCAAAUGUGAAUAAAUUCGCGUCGUCCGGUGGGACCUCGUAGCUGAGAUUGUUGGAGCGAUGGCUGGACUAAAGCCUCCCCUUGCUGUUGUGGGUUCGAAUCCCAUAGAGGCACCGACUUUUUCACAUUUGGUUCGAAGUGGAUUAUCUUAUGAUCCCUGUGUCCAUCAGACUGGCUGCGUUUUGCAGCGAACUUUUAGUAGCCUGAAGGUCAUAGUCGUUUCCUACUAAGCAAACAUAUCGCAGCAGCAACAACACAAAGUUUACAUUCAGAUUUUACAGAAGGUGGUUGCAUUCUUCCCUAAAAAGCAGAAGCAAAACUUCCCAGUUCUCUGUCUUUUAGCCUAUUCAUAAUGCAUACUAUUCCUGACUCGCUUAAUUAUCUCUGAAGGAUUAAUAUUUAUUUUCACUGCAAGAUGUUAACUGUUGUCAGCACAAUUGCUCUCCGUCUGUGUCUGACGACGACGUGGGGAACCGAUAUCGAAAAUCUACGCAAUAAAGUUCCUUUUACCAAAGAAUAUCUUUGACUUCAAAUUUUAUUUCUUGGGAUAUCUGCCUUCAAAUAGAUUAUAACUAUAUAAGGCAUAUAUGAUCUACGUUUCCCUUAAUAAACGUCUCUUAUUUUCCAGCAAUCAGUCAAUCUCGACCCUUUUUAAAUAUGCUCACAAUUAUUCCUCUUUUAUAAAGAUGGAUAUUAUCGAGUUGUUGGUGGCCUACGGAGCAGACAUGAACCUUCCGACUCAGAGUGGCCAAACAGUUUACAGUAGGUUUUGUAUACUUUUAAAACAUUCAAUGAGUUUACGACUUGCCUUCGAAAGUAGUUUCUGUCCUUUUUUCUCCUACAGGACCUCAAUACAGUUGCAGGUCAAACUGUUUACAUAUGCACAGUUUGACUGUCUAGUCCAAGUAGCAUUGUCUUGUUCGCUCCGUGGCCUACCUCGAACGGCGUCUGUCAUACAUACAGCUGCUGAUGCCAGUCAUAAGAUUGGACAUCAACAGUGAAAUCAGUAGUUCUUUCAUAUAUGCGUAGUUUUGCAUAGCGGCUUGCUCCGGUUCACUCGAAGAACCUCUGCAACCACUGAUUAAUUGAUGGUUUCUGUGAAUAUUUGGAAAACUCUGGCUUUUAUUAGUUUUCGAGGUAGAGGAACUUGAGUCUAUAUACAUAUGACCUUCUUAUUACCUUGUGGUUGCUAGUGUUUCGCAAAAUGACCAUUUAACAUAUUUUUCGAUGGUGAACCCGACUUAUGGGAUUUUUUACCUUUCUGGUUUAGUAGUCUUGACCCUUCUAAGUCGGAGAGAGUUUUUCGAAUUCUCAACCCACCCAUCAAACCCUGAAUUAAAUAAGGAAAUUUUAACACGCACAGCCAAACGAGUCUACAAAGUUAGCCGCACUGCUGCCCAUACAAUAUCAAAUAUCGCAUGUGAUACUUUAUUUGGAGACUACGUAUUUGGAAGUCGCAAAAAUGCGGUUAUUUUAGGAACAAGUCAGAUUUUUCGAUACUAGACUAUUUUAAAAUGAGCAUGAACUUGAGGUGAGUGACGCUUUCUGGAAAGACGUGCAGCUAAAACGUUUGUAGCAGUGCAGGUCGGGUUGAAAGCGUCUCGAGAUCGUUAAGGGUUGGUACCAUUUUAUAUGAACAGGAGAAUGCCCCAACUAAAGAUCGAACUAGAAAUUACUACUUAACUUUAAUCUGGAGCUCAUGCAAGGGACAUUUAUUGUGAAAUACUCAUACACCGUACGGAGAAAGAAACCUGUAAGCAAACGUCCAUCGAUGGUAUUUUUUAACUUGAAGUCCAGAAUGAUUUUAUGCAUACAGUGUCUAUCGAGUUAUAUUAGCAUGUACCCUAACACUAUUCCGGAAUAGCACGUCAAGUCAUUCUGAGAACGUCAACGCUAGACUGUAUAGUGCGCAAAUGAUUCUAUUAAAGAACCUCAGCAUCGUAUCUUCAUUUUUCAAUUGCUGACGUCAGCUUUUCAACUGGUUUGAUGCAUAAAAGGACUCGCUUUUAAUUCAAUACUUCUUUUACGUCGAGCUAGAUGGUUGCUGUAGGCAUUACGUCUGCGUCAGCUAUGUAAUUAAGGAACCCACAAACUCGAAAUGUCAUUUUGUCAAAUGGGUAAUCUCAGAGUCAGGUCUACGUGACGAGUCCUUCUGUUUGAUCAUUCACUUGACUGAGCUCUGGCACACACACACCAGGAUAUAAAUCUAAAGUUGAACACAAAGUGACGUGCACGUUACAUCAGCCUAAAUUUUACAAAAUAUCAAACCGUUAAAUAACAUUCGAAAUUGCCGAAGUGAAAGUAGAGUAUUUAAUUGAGCUACAUAUUUUGCGGUGGACUCACACUUGAGGGCCUGAAAUCAUUCUGGCGUAAUAAAAAAAUAGUAUUUAGAAAAUCAUACAGCUGCUUUCAUUUAACGUUCUCCGGCAUAACUCCAUGAAUCCCCAUGUCGUAUCUUUGAAAUGCAUGAGCUUUAUUUAUUGGGAAAAAUUAGACACUUUGCCUGGAGGUUUUAGUUUCAAAGCAAGUUCUACAAUGUGAACUAGUUUCCCACACAUUUCCCCUGAAGUCUGCGAGUCAGCAUUUGCCUAUCUGUUGAACAAAACUCAGAGGCUUGAUCCAAUGUGAUUUUCUUGGCUGGUUUUUGUGUGGCUACAUAAUAUAUGGCCUUUUGAAUUUUCUGAGCCGCUACGAACCUGGAAAUUUAAGACAUUUUUGUCAGAGUUCUGUGCCCAUUAUAAAUGGUUCAGACAGAGUAGUGAACUCAGAAAAUUUGCCCACUGACUCUCUUACCGACCGUCGGUUUCUUGGAUAAGAGAAGCUCGUCUAGCGCAUUUGGUCGACGUCGGAUAACAAUAUCCUCAAAAGAACAGGGGUGUUGCUGGUAAAAUGCUGCCUUUAGAUACACCGAAUCUUUAUGGCUUAAUCAAUCAUCCUGUGGUCUGAAGUUAACGAAAUGCAGAGGCAGAAAGAGGACAAAUUGUGAUUUAUCAAUGAAAGAUGUCACCUUGUUUCCUGUCAACAAGAAUACAGAGAAAUUGGUUUUGUUUUUCUUUAUGUUUGGCGGGUUAACUGUCUGACUCCAUCAACACAGGAAAUCCGAUGACAUAACCUGAGCCAGGCAGGGCAAAAAUAUACCAAUAAAAGAUUAAUUAUCUCACAAGACUUUACGGCCAAACAACGCAAACUCUCUGUUCUUCGUCGCAUUGUGCAUUUAAGUUAGUGUUUCAUGCCUUUCUCUUUUCAAGGGAAAGUCCUCUGGCCCCAUAUAAAAUGUUUGUUUUGCAUUAAACAAAACCUUCUGUGCAUACUCUAUCUCUAAUAACUCUAAAUCAUUGAAAAAGGCAAUUUUUUUAAUUAUGGCUUAUGUCGAAUUCAUUUAAAUCUAUUUCUUGCAUCUCCCAAUGUUCCGUUCGAUUGUAAAUUUAUUGUUAUUUGCGACGUGUUACUGAACAGAGUUCAUACAAGAGAACUACGCCAUAAACCAAUUUGCAGUUACGGAGCUUAGAAGCCCGUCUCUGUUAUGCCAACACUUGAACAUUUCUCAUGAAAAAAUUUGGGAAAAAAGACCGCCAGAGAAAUUGAAAAAUUGCCUGCUGAAUCUGUGGUCGCGGGAAGCGGGGUGAACCUAUUUCAUCCUUGAAUUCGAAGUUAAAGCUUAAAUAUAUUAAACUUCCAGCUUAAAAAAACAAAUAAUUACAGACUCUAUUAUCCUCCAAAUGCUCUUCCUCGGUAUCUUUGCGAUCGAACUGCUCCUCGAAAAUGCAUCUUACUUUGAACUUUAGGGUUUUUUGCUGUUUUCAUAAUAUUGAUUUCAUAUGGUAUAACCCUUUUACUAGACAGGGUGAAUAUAACUCGUUGUUUCCUUCCAACUCGUGGCCUCUUUUUGCUAAUACGUGACUUUACAGGGCUGUGUUUGCAGUUUACUAGGUGUACGCUAAAGUUCGACGUGCACAAAUACUAAUCUCUUGUUACGCUUGCCUAUGCUUUUGUGCUUUACAGCCAUAUCGGAUUCGAAGGAGCUCCGUGAACGUCUCGCAGAGAUCUGGGCCAGACGCGAAGAACUUAGAAAAGGAGCUAAACGACAACCGCUAGGAUUCCAAAACGCGCGCUCCUCUGUCCGAAGGCGAAGGUGAGAGUGCUUGAGAACGAAAUCUUUUGCUCUUGAGAAACGUUAGUCCUCUAAUCCCGGUCACUCACAUAUCUUAAGAUGAAAGGACUUCGUUUGUGUACAUGGUCAGCAGCUGGUUACUGGACUUAUGGGAACUGCCCCGUAGGACCACUUUUUCGGAUUAGCUCUUGGGUAUCUUGCAGAUCUAAGGCAACGUCCUUCGGUCAAGCAGCGCAGAUCAUAAAGAUUGACCGGUGGGAAAACCGAACUGACUUUUUCCAAUACGCUAAAAGCUAACGCAAUAUAAACAUUCAAAGUUAUCAAGACUUCGUGCAAAAACCUGACGUUCCCACUUGCCCGGAUCUUGCUUCUACUCGCUUUACCUGUCCAUGCGACAUCAAAAUAUGGGAAAAAAUGAUAUCAAAUACCUGGGCACAAAAAUACGCUUAUAUCCUCGCGACCUUCCACAUCCAACUUCACGCAGUAUGCGCAUAUUAUAAACUACGCUAUUGCGUCCAGGAAUAUGUAGGUGAACAGCUCUGCCAUAGCUACAAAGAAAUAUUGGUACGCCAAACUUUCUACUUCACAGACUUGUUGUAGCAAAGAGAGCUGACUUGUAUGAAUUACCAAACUCCAGGCUCCCGGCCCCCACAAAUAGGAGAAGUACGUAAUACAAAAAGCACAGCCUGACUGAGGAUGCGAUGGCCUCAGCAAGGAAAAGUCGGUAGAACGGAUAGCGGGACUGUGCUUGACUGGCCUCGAAAUGGUUAUUGGGUGGAUAAUUCUGUGCCGUAAAGCGAAUGUUAAAUAUAACUAGGACUUGCAUAGUUACUGUCCGCUUGUCGGAAAUUCAAAUACGAGCCUGUGCAUAAGCAAACAUUGUAGAUUUCAUAGCUACAGAAUACCCUUUAGUUUUAUAGUCAAGUCGAGGCACAAAAUCGCAAGACAGAGCAGAAAGGUUUAGAAUCAUCUAUUGUGAGUCCCGUUUGGUCCUGUUAUGAUGCCGUGGGAUUGCAAGGUCUAAGAUACCUUUCUUUUAGAGUUGAGGAAAUUCCGUGGCAGAAUUCAGGAGACUGAUUUGGUAGCAUUCGUUUGUUUUCGAUAAAUUCUCCUCAGGCCAGUACAAUUAUAUGGGAACUGGAUACAAUCAAGCAUGUCGGUGAUUAUCGAAGUCGAUUAAAGUUCGCCUUAAGACACAGGCGAGGUGUGGAAAUAGGGCGGAAGUAGUAAGACUCACUGCCUGAGGCGGGGUAAAAGCAGAAGGGCGCAGAGAGUUGAAUGAAGAUAGUCGACUUUUGCCCACGAUAAGCGCGAAGCCUGAACGAGACUCUUCUACGCGCAGAAAAGCGACUUUCGUAAUCUGAUUGCGGUCGCUUCUGCCGUUGCUAGCAGAUGCUGGCCCAGUAUACUAAAGUAGCUCGAUGGGACCUUAUAAAGCACAAAACAGCUGCCUUGGGAUCAAUACUAUGCUCGCAAUUAAAUUCUGCAAGAAUGGGGCGUUUAGGUCCCUAGUUUUUCCUUUUCCCAGUCAUGCCGGUAGGUGUCCUCGUAUUCUCUCUUUUACGUAUUCCAAACAACGUCUGUUAGAACUGAAUUCACCAUGCGUUGGGUGCUUAUACUUUCCGCUACAUCCUCUCCCAGAUGGUUCAGGCUAAUACAGAAGGCACUGCGUUUUUGCACAUGACCUGCGUGAUGCAGUUUGCUUUGAAACUAACCACAUACAAAAAAAUGGAGCCAAGUUGGUUCAUGACAUGCGUUUUUAGAGAACCGCUGAAUCUGCGUAAAUCAAUUACCAGCAUCGCACCUACCGUGCGAAGUGAUGAGGUCACACCAGCCACUAGGCCUUAUCUUAUCUCCAAUCGACUGAAGGACUCAAGUGCAUUACUGGCCCAUGGGGAUGCGAAGAGAGAGUAAGACCGAGCAUGGGGAACCUUUCCUCGAAACAAACUGCGCAUUGCUCAGUACAAUAACUGUGACGCAGUUUGACUCAUACUAAUGUCAAAAAGCACUGGCUUGGGAGUUUUCAUAUAGGUGGAAUGGAUCACUCCUCCUUUAGAAGGAGGGUCAUUCUGCAAUGAAUCUUUUAUAAUUAGGUUUUUUUAUCAGCUUUAACUUCGCUGAGGUCUGAGAGCGUGUGCGACAUCGUGUCACAUCAGACACCGUGUCAUACUUCAUUACCAGUUGACCUGAAUCGGAUAAGUCACUGGUAGAAGAGAAGGUGGAGUGUAGCGAGUUCUGCUCCGGAGUUUAGUCACUCACCAUAAACGGGGAAGCAUUGUUUUCUGUUAUGAAAGCAUGAUAACAAUAGUGCAUUUGAACUUUGCCGACAGACAAUGUAGGUCCGUUCAACUGAAUAUUCAGGAUGAAGCUUCAAUGGUUUCCUCAUAUGCUGGUUCUUAUUACAUGCGUGGAUUUGAAUGCUGAAUGUGCAUUUGAAUGUGCCCACCUAGCAGAGUAAUUCGGAUCUACUCCAUACUCAGAAUCAGGCUGCAAUGGUUUCCUCAUAAGUUGGCUCUAAUUACACACAUGACUAGACCGUGUGAAUCACAACAUUGAAUUUUUAGUCUUACCAAACACCGAGAGCGCGUCCACCUCCGGACAUCUCAACUUGGUCAUGCUACCAGAGCGCUGUGGGUGAGGGGAGAGAGGAUGAGGUAGAUGUGGCGGGUGCCUGCUUCCCUGUAAGCAAAUUCCCGCAUUCUUAGCGGCAGCGACCACCUAGUGAGACAAGAGUUGAAUCUUAUCACCUCUCCUGGUCUAAUUACGGUGAGUAUAGCGCUCUGUUUUGGAUGACAGUGGGGAAACAUAGCCACCUGCCGCUGGGACAUGAGAAUGUUGUCUGAGAGUAGAACUUGUUCGUAGGAAUGGUCUCCUACCAAAUCUGCCUACCUGAUUUACUGUAAUAGCCUAUUCAGUGCGCUGGCUGGGUUGUCUUUUGUGGUCUCGGAUGGACUUCUUGCAUUUCGAAGCUGCAACCAGCUGGAGAACUGGAGAGCUGCUGGGCUGUUUGGUCACCAAAAAGCAGCCUCUUUGUAUCCUGAUGACCGUAGUGACUUACAUACUUAAUGCCUGGUCAACCAUAAGCAGUCGGUUUGCGCUUGGCAAAGUGCCAUUGCCAAUAGCAUCGCAGAGGAGGUGGCGUUUCUAGUCGGUUGUCGUGAAAUAACUUUAAGGUUGACCAAAUAAUGCGUUUGUGAAUUAUGCACACUUCGGCAUGUGUGCGUUAGUCAUGCUUGGAAACAAUCACUCCCUAAUUAGAUUAGAGGAUAAGUCUGACAACAAAUAACCUCUUCUUGAAGUUCUUGUUUUGAGGGAAGAUGUAUGUGAGUUUCGUAAAAUUUUGUAAUUAUGAGAAUAUUUCGGAAUCCAGCAUUAUACCGCGCGAAUUCCAGUAUCAGAACAUUCUUAAAUGCUGCUUUCGAAGUAAUAAAACUAGUUCAGUGCUUUUUUGAUUUUUUAAUUAAUAGCAAGAGGCCUUGUCAUAAGUAAAUAACUAUCCGUUUUUGGGGACAGAAUAUGGGACCUAAACAGCAAACAGGAAUGUAUGUUUUGGCCAAAAACAUGCGAGAUAAGCUUAGCAUUUAAAACAGAGAUGUCCCCUUGUUCAAAAAAAUCAAAUUUAGUGAUGUCCAAACAUGUUGUGAAAGGAGUAAGGCAAGUAGACUCCCAGGCAUUCGCAUCCGGGAAAUUUUAAUCCGCUUAUAAAAUCAUCUUAAGCAAUGCAACACACAUGCCGCUUAAGGAGUUUUUAUAAGUCUCAUUUACAGCGUGGUUUGAAAUAAUCUUGUGUAGAAUUCCUAAUUGAAUUGUGUAUACGUUGGCUUGGAAUUUUACUCGAUGUGAAUCAGCGUUUCACUUCCCCUUAGUAACAUCUGUCUGAAACAGGGUCCAAAUUUUCAGCCCACAGGAAGCCUGGUCUGAUCCUUUGUGUUCCUUCUGCCUGUUCAAGUCAACUUUCCCUUUGUCUUGAAAAUGAUUAGCUGACUAGAGGUAGUUAACUGCCAUUAUUCUAGCCCUUACUCCAACCAAUUGCCUCUCAAGCUAUUCUGGUAUUCUGCUCUUCGACUAACUUAAUUUCCUUUUUCGGGAGGACGUAAUAUGCGACGUGUCCACAGGUAAUCUGCCCUCUCGCGAACAGGGGUUUGCGGGAAAAUUUGAAAUGUCCAUCUUUAUCAUCUGUACUAUAGUAGUGAUGUUGGUGUAAAAACCGGAACUUACUGUUAAUCCUAAUCAAAUUUCAUUCUGUACUGACUAAGACGACGUCUGGGAAAAUUUUCAACAGGACACAGUAAUAGGUAUUCCACGGAUUACAGGUUGCUUUGCGUUGAAUUCCAAGGAGGUCCGGUUUAGAGUUAUGGACUAGGGUAAGCACAUGAAGGUAUGCACCCCUAUACUCAUCUGCUAUACCGGGGUUGUCUAUUCGCGUUUCCAACUAAAUGUUUAAGCGCAAUAGAGACCGUUCUGUAUGAAAAAGGAGCGUCAGAUUAGGAAAGACCAAUCCUGAAUCUCUCAAUACACAACUGCUCAGAAAAGAAGAAUUCAAAAUAAUACAUGCUGUUGGAUGUUGCCAUGUUUAGCCGGAGGCACACACAUGAAUAAAAAAUAUGCGUCCGUCGUCAGUUUCGGCCCGCUUUGCACAAUGCGUUUCCGUCCCGUUGGAUUUACUCUAUUGUUUAGUGCCAGUCAAUCGAGUAUUUAACCCUUCGGGUCUGGCACCCCAACUAAGAGCAGAUUCCUCUUGGUUCAAAGCACACUUCAGUUGUAAUUUUUUGUUGGUCAGGGGUCUUUGUCUUGCAAUGUUUUCGGGAUACUCGUCGGGGUAUUUUAGUCCAAAACGAACUGUACUUUUCUUAUUUUAGGCACUUUAAGAAGUCUCUUUCAUUUGGAGUUUUUCGUAGUGUUUCAUCAAGAAAUCGAACUCGGAACUAUGCCUGUGAUUUCUCCGACGGUUCCUUCUUCGGAUUUCAGUUUCUUCUGUUGGCAAUUAAGUUCUUAAAUUAUAGGCCAAUUGCAUUUAAAUAAGGCUUGCAGAGUCAGAGGAAAGGAGCCAAUAUGCGGCCCACAUUUUCUUAUUACUUAUUACGGCCUACUGACUCUUACGAAAGUAGUGUCGUUUAAUUUGGGUACACUGGUUGCCAUUUUUCAAGGUAACAUAAAUUAUCACAUUCAGAUUAUUUCUCGGUUGGUAUACAUGGCAAUUUGGUAUAUUUCCCCUUUGCUGGUUACUUUGGCGCCUCUCCCUCCCCCCCCCCCUUUGUUCUGUUGUUCUGCAAAUUUAUGCCGUGCCGUCGGAUCAAUCUUACCACUUUAUUCUAGUUGGGUUCGCCAACUUCAUUCGUCCUUGGGUUUCUAUUGGCUAUUUCUUCGCCUUGAUUUCUAAAAUUGACGUCUUAUCGUAUAGACGCUAUAUUAAGCUUCAUUUGGUUUUUGGUGUUAAAUUUCGCUAGUAUUCAAUUUUCUGGGUCGAUUGCAAAGUCAUGCACGGGUUUAUUUGAACAUGUUCGCGGAAUUAUAACAUUUUUCCAAAACUUAGUCCUUUUUCACCGCCCAUUUUCCCAUGUAUUAGCCUCACCCAUAUGACUCCUGCUUCCACCGGUCGCGUAGGAUACGAUGCCCUAUCCUCCGCAUUCUUGAUGGGGCCGCAUAUUGCGUCGUUGCAGAGUUAGGUUAACUAAAUUAUGCUUUCGUCUACAGUUUGGAUAGUCAGAAAUGGCAGGAGGGUUAAUUUGCAUGUACUUUUAUUUUAAAAGCUCCAUUGUUCUGCGGAGAUCGGUCCGGGAGAAACGUAAUCUCACUGUGAUGGAGGCGCGCUUGGAGAAACAACUGGGCGAGCGAGAGGAGGCCAAAAUUGUACAGGAGAUGGGCAACGGUCUCGAAGGUUUGCCCCUGUCUGUACAGUCACCGCCUUUUGCCCCCGCUUUGGCUCCCGCAGCUGCCGCCACAGUUCCGAAGGCCGCAGAUUCUCCCAAAGUACAGCCUCCGGUUCGACCUCCUCCAAGGGCAAACUCAUCACAAAAAGCCGUUCCCGCGACUGGCGUGGUUGGCGAAACCCAGCAGAUCACAGACUUCCGCAACCCAGACACCAACCGCGAGGACCAAUUUCUGCCGCGAGUCAGUCAAAAUAGCACUAUCGAAUUGCCGGGCGGGUCGCCGAACAGCGCCACGCCUGACGAUAAACGCCUCACGAUGCCCCCAAUGCCCCCGCCUCGCGCAAAAAAGGUGCGUCCACGAUAUACUGCAGAUUUCACAGGCAUUUGUUGUUUAAAUGAGUCACCCCGCUUGCAGCAUCGUUUAGGUGCCUUCUACUGCUAAUAUUCAAGCGAAUCUUAAGUAUUGGGCUGUAUGAACUCAAAAUUCUUCUGCCGACUGCUCAAUUUCAUAUACCCAGGGUCAUGCCAUAAAUGAAAAAAACCUGCAAUUUUAACUCGAUCUACACCUCAAUGUCAACACGAUAUUGUAGUUGCGGCCAAUCAAGUAAAGUCUCCAAGUUGUCGUCAAGGGUAAUAAGUUCAAUGAAAAAAUUAGCUCGUGUGUGAGAGGACGUUUAUUUUGAUCUUGUAUGUAGUCGUUAAAUCUACCUGCAACUCUGGUUCACCUGGCAUAUGACGGUUUGUCGUUGGCUCCUCAACUUGUCCUCGCAAUACGAUAGGAAAUCAAAGUUGAGUUGUUUAGAGAGACGCGAUAGCACCGCGUCUGAUGCGGGGAUAAAAAAUUGAUAAAAAAACGGCAAAAGGCUUGUCUUGUUGCUAAACAGUGCAAUUGCCCAGGAAACGCACCUCCUGUUCUGACAACACAUCUGCACUUGUUCCCCUUUAGAGGAGCCGCUAGAUAUAAGUCGACUGAGCCAUUUUAUACUUUUACUCCUGAAGACAACUUUCAAAAUAAUUACUCAACUUCUGAAGGUACACGUCCGACUAUGUCAUUUACAACGAAAAACAUCAGAACAUAUUCUGUCCUGUAGGGAUAUAAUAUACUUAUUACGUAUUGGUUAAAAAUUUCUCAUUUCUGAGGCAAUAAUUCAUGAACCUUUUAAGGUCUUUUACUUUCUAGUCAGGUGAUACUCGCUGCUCGAAGUUCGCCUACUUUGAUAAGAGUUUUAGAAUCCUUGUUUAAGCGCAAAAAUGGGUAGCAUUUAUAGUCUGGUCUCUAAGCGGUGAUCAUGCAGUCAUACUGUACAGUAUCUGGACUAUCUCAUUAAACGCUAAAUCAAAUCUGAAGUGUGUUUUCGAGUUGAAAGUAUUACUUGGAUGGUGUUACAAUACUGAACAUCGUACAGCAUAAUCCUAGGUUGCCACGCCAGAAUGUCGGUCUAUGAGUGAGUUCUUUUACAGCAGUCCGCAAAACCACACUCGAUAAGAAAUAACUACUGAAAUCACAUGAUUUUUACUAAAUUUCGAUACCCUUAUAUAUUCAAUCAUAUUUUGCAAAAGACAUGUUUAAAAUAUUCUUUCUUGCACUCAUUUGGCAGCUAAUUAUAUCACUUUCGAAUUCUGUUAUUAAAUAAGGGGCAUCUUUCUGUUUUAAAGGCAUUUUUUAAUUUUCAAGUAAUUUUGAACCCUAUCUGCAGUUGCACUUACGCUUAGGGUCGCCAAACUGCACACAGCAUGCUUUGCAUGUAUUGACAAUCGUACAUUUUUCCACACUGUCAAGAAGAUGUCAUCUAAGGUUCAGAAUAUUUUGUAAUGCAUGUUAAAAGUGUUAUUCAAUCAACUGCUAUCACUAAUAAAGGAACAAGUACGAUGCUGUACGAAUGCACAUUUCGUGAUCUGUCGCUAGAAGAGAAGAGGCGAGUUCCAGGAAGCAGACCAAAAGAUAGAGAGGAAGAAGCGAUCACCAGAGCAAGAAAUUUAUUCGCGGUUUAUUUUAAAGUCUUACGAAAUUUCAUGAUUACUAAUGAUUCAAAAAUGUAAACAUAAUUAUAUAACGGUUUUUGGUGCGCGUCAUGGGCAAAAGGUCUCAGAAGGUAUUUGCUAUCACGAAUGAGGUGAGACAUGAUUGUGCUCUCGCUGUCACCCACUUCAGUCAUAUUUUCUCCACGUUCCGUGAGAAGAGACUAGGAAUCAACAUUGGUUACGAGACGGAAGGACGAGUGCGGAGACAGGGACAUAUAAGGCCAGUAUCACGACUUCUUGUUCUGGAAUGGCCGCGCUAACUAUCCCAACGUAACUGACAGGUAACGGAGCCCAAGCCUCCGUGCCUCCAGCUGCUCCAUCUUCUGACUGACAAUUAGCUUGGAGCAGAGAGUGGUCGCGUGCCACCCGGCGGAUUGGGACGAACUCACGUUAAGUGUCAGCGUAACUCGCUUUACAUCCGUAAACGAAUUCGCAUUCCCCAGUGAACACCUUAUAGAGAAGCAUCAACGUCGACGAUAAACUCGAUAAUCGGGUCUACAAGGCAGCCGAACCAUCGGCAGACUGCUAAAAUCCACCUGAAGUCGACAUCCUGGUUAACACAGAACUGACGAUAUAAGGGUCGUUGUCAUGACUACGCCCCUACAUAGAACGGGGGCGCGACCAGUAACGUAGAUCCAGUUUCCACGUGUUCCCAUGCAUCGACCUGAUCAGUCACCUGCAAAGCCAUCGCAGUGUCUUGAGCCCCGACUCCCAUCCUUUACGCAGAGUUUAGACGUCCGCACUGCCGGAGGACAUUCAGAGACACUACAUAGGCCCAUUCAGCCACAUGCGAGUACACGAACUCUACAGAAAAGCCGCACGUCGCAUGUCUCCAUGCAGCAACUCUCUUUCUGUCCGCAUGCACACAAAGUACAUAUAGCCUACGUACGGGCUUGUUCUUUCACAAGGACAUAUGGAGCAGCUAUCAGCGCUACACAACACAUCAUUCACAUAAAAACAACGCGGUGCGAUUCGCCAUCGUCACUAUGACGCUCGAGCGUUACAUGUGAGAAGCUGCACAUCAGGCCUAUGUUAGAAGAGCUUAGGUCUGUGUGUACCUGUGUGUGUCGUGCCCCCAAAACGGGCCUCGCGGUAGGUACGCUGGACCAAGACGGGGACUGGAUCGGAGUCCGUCAGGCUUUAUCGGGAAUACGCACCCAUAACAAAUCCCAACAUUCAGGGUACAGUGGCAGGCCCUAUUGCGCACCUCGAACACAUCGGGGUCUCAGCCGUCCCCCCCCCCCUUUGUUUUUGUUGGUUAAAAUCUCGAUCAAAUGUUUGUCGGGAAUCGGGGGUAUGGAGUGGUACACCUAUAUGCGGGUCCUGCCGCACCAUCCACCUGUGCCCUCUCCCACCUCCGGUCUUUUUGACUAUUUCUUGACUCCGGGCCCAGGUGUGAGAGGAGGAGGAAGUGCGAUAGAUGCCGCGUAAGUCGAAUAUCACUAAAAUAACUCACACACAAGCCACCGUACCUGUUCUCACCUUGCUGUGGAGUACACGGUGGACAUCGCCGGACACGACAGUCGAAAUGCCGUGUGCGUUGAAUGCGUAUUCGGAGGCCCUUGGGACACGUCAGCUUCAGUGUCCGAUCUCAUCACCAGUUCGAUUGUGGGUUCCAAUGGUCAAAUGGUGCAGUGGACAAAGAGAAAAAACGGGGGGGCGGCACUGGGGAGGAGCCUUUUCUCAUGGAAAAUCAGCGUAUUCCUCACUGUAGAAGGUCUAGCGGGCUCGAAUCUUUUGCGAUGCCCAAAGUAUCGUGUAUCGAAAGCUCGCCAACUGACUGUUCUGCCUAAAGUUAAGAAUCGAUCGGCAGUGGCCUUCCCGAUGCUCUCACUCAGCUGACAUCCGAGACCAGCACAUAAAGAAAUAUAGACCACUUCGUGCAUGGAAUACCUGGAUGGACUGUUGGGUUUUUUCAGGUACCGUCUUCACCCUAACCUCCGGUCGUCUUGAUGCUGUCUUGGCACCGGACGGCGGUGGUUGUAGGGAGAGAGAAUGAAGUAGAUGUGACGGAAAACUGUUUCACCUUUAAUACCUUCAUGCGCAAUUCCUGGUCGUGCCUACUUCAUUGGGCAGAGGUCGUUCUCCUCGCCUGCAAUUUCAAAACUAUCGCAGGCGAUGUUACAAUUAGGAACUGAGAGGUCACAUCAAAGAGAAAAUCGGUAAGUAAUGGCAUGGAAUAGUUAGAUUUCCAUUAUUCGACAACAGGGAUGACGCAGCUCGUAUUAGACCCAGCACGGUUCUUCUUAUUUUCAGCCCGACCGUUUGACCGCUGAUCCCGACGAUGACCACCGUUUGUUCUACAGCAGCAUGGGUGCAGAGAUGGCGACUUGCGCGUGAAUUAGUUUCCAGUGACAGCCUGCUUGCGCAGAAUCUACUGCACUUUCUCCCCCCCCCCUCCCCAAGUCAGUCAGACCCUCAGUCCAACACCAGUGGACCAUGAUUUUGACUGUCCCAUCGCGUGCUGGCUACAUAGAGAACCCAAAAGUGUGUGAUUGCGAACUGGCUUUAGAGAAUUCCGACCUCAUUAUGUCCGCUAAAAUCUCUUGCCUUCCUUGGCAGUUGCUAAAUUAAUAUCCUUCCUGUCUGCAGUAUUUUUUAUCUUGAUACAAGAAAUGAUAACUGCCAUAGUAGCACCACUUAUAUCCAAUCGAUCUUUUGUUAAAACAAGACUUAAAGUGGCUUCCAAAAUCGAGCACCUGCAACAAAAGCAGAUCGGUAAACAUCGCUAUCACGCAAUACCGAAUGUGUCCAAGAAUUCUUUUUUACGUGGAAAACUCCAACUUCGCGAGCAGGUGAAAUAAAGAACAUACGAAUCCUAUAGAAUGGUACUGCAGCUUAUCGGACAUUAUUUUGAACUUUUACGAGGAAACUUAUCCAAGCUUACAAGGGCCUAAGGGUUAGACUGAGAAGCACCUGAUUGAGGCCUACAUGUAAUUGAAUUUUGGGGUUUUCGUCACUGUGCAAAUUACCUGACCAUUUUUAUCCAUAAUUUUCGCGUCGACUGCUUCAAAUCAUACACAAAACCUACUGCUAUGCACCCCAUAGAGCGGACUUGUAGGACGUUAACAUAUGUUAUCGUCUAAGAUCGUCUGCAUGAAAAGUAACGAAAGUUAUCAGCCUAUGACCCCAGAAUUGAGAUCAUUGUCCCGUUAAGUAUUGUCGCACCUAGGCUUUUGGUGCGUAUAUAUCCUACACCACAGACGACCCGUUCCGUUUCUCUACUAUUCAGGAGGGAUGUUAAAACGCAAAGCCGAUGCUUUGGCGAAGUUUAUACAUGUAUGGCGAAUAUUUCCAUUUUACAAGACAUUUCAUUGUUUACGUGGUAUACAAUUUAGUAAUUCAAAGUAACCGUGAAGAAGGGGACACGAUCUCCGAAACAAAAGCUUUAUUCGCCUGUCGUUUUGGACUGCUACUCGAACCCACCAUCAAUAAGCUUCAACUUCCCCCUCAUAACUACCUUAUUCAGUAUUUCAGGAAGGUUCUUUGCUCGGUUGAUUUAUUUAUCAAACCAAAGCAUUGCUUUCGGUUUUUUUCAUUCGAAUUAGUGAAACUCACAGAAAUUUGCAUCGCGCACUAAUCAUCCUUGUGGCUGUCAUAGAAACUUUCUUGUCAUAAUCAAAUAUGUCGAGAAAAAUCAUUCCCACGGUUUCUUCUAUGCGGCACCAGUUGCAGUGUCCCGAUUGUCCAGGCCAAUACUUGCAUCACUUCGAUUUGUUUUUUUAUUAUUCGUCCGUCACUUGCGGUUGAUGCAGUAAAGUGACCGCCCGCCUAAAAUCAUACUACAUUUAUCUUCAACCACACUUUAAUAAUUAUGGGUCAUAUUAAAAAUCCUGGCAGCCCUUCGUAGAGUUCUCACGUGGGCAUGUGGCAUCCAAAAAGCUUUUAGGACUGUUAUACUUAGUCUACCUCGAAAGACCAUGGCAACAAGAAAUGAAAUAAUGGUAAACCAGUCUUAUUCUUAGUUGGGACCACUUUGAUGCCUCUGCGUAAACAGGUAAAUAUCAUAACAGCUUACUACACUUGUAAUUAAUUAGUACUUUAGCGUUUACUUGAAACUGCCUAUGUCAAAUGGUACCGUUUACAGAGAAGCAGAAAGCUGUUCGAUCGCCGAAACCAAUUUAUUUAUUUGUCUGAGUAUUCGAACUCGUACAGGGUAGCCACUUUUGAUAAUAUCACACUUAAGCAACGGCUCACGAAAUUAACUUCGAAGCCACUAAGGUAAUCGCUCAUGUCAGAAGCAAGACAAGCCGCGAAUUGAUUGAAGCAUGGGCUUUAGAUGAGACCUCGCUCAACGUAUCAAUCUGGCGGUGGCAUACAGAGCCAUGCGCAGCUAUCUCCGGACUGGAGUCGUGGAAAUCCAACUGGUUCAUUCCCCCUACAGCUGUAGCUUGCUCUCUUGCCGCUUUUGUCUUUGACGCUGGACACGUGUACGAGUUCGAUGGCGCAGACGAAUAAAGAAUUUGUACCAUCAACCGAACAGCCUUCUUCUUUCCUACCUAUAAGUACUCCUGAUAUUCGAACAUUCGUCUUAAUUCAACAUCAUCUGUGUUUGAGUACCCUUAUCACACUUUGGUUUGUCUUAUUUUAAAAAUUGAAGUAUGACUCGGUUUUCUACACAUUGUGUGACCCUCGGGUUUUGUCGCAUACCAAUAUCAUCAAAUGUCAACAGAAAUUAUGAAGCGUGUUUUCGAUUAGGAGGGAUUUCUUCAGUCAGAUGGUGGUAUUUAUUACCUCGCAGCAUAAUAUUAAGGCGUUUCUGUCACGCCAAGAUGCUGGCUUUUGGAUGCGCUGCCUUUCUGUGACCUGCAAAAACUGCAUUUUGUAAAUAAUGACUAGUCUAGUGUCAUGAAUAUUUCCAUUGGUUUUCGAUGUUUUCUAGAAAACACGCAGAAAAAUACCCUUUCUUGUACUCAUCGGUAGUACACCGCUUCCUUAGAGUUUGUGGUCCACAAGCGGUUGCUUUCAGUUUCAAAAGUCUGUAAUUAUGAAAUGUUUGUGACCCUGAAAUGUCCACUCACAUAGCACAGUAUCUGUCAACUUAUUGAUGGCUUUCAUUUAAUAUACGUCAUGGACCAUAUACACUGCAAAAUUUUACAAGCAUUGUUUAAUACCUCCUUAAAGACAUAGCGGAAUGCAUGGUUUUUCCCUACGUAAAGGGUAUACACCCUACAUAAUGGGUACCAUCAACAAAAAUGCAACGGCACGUCGGAUACAAAGUUGCUGGAGUUUGAAAGACUUCUUGAGACAAAAAGAUGACCUUUUAGCAGAUAAAAUUGAAGAGGGUAUGAUUUUAUGCCAAAAGGGCGUUAAAGAGGAUAUUUUUGGCGUGCUUUAUAUAGAUUAUAUGUGAACCUAUUAGAAUAUCGAUGGAGAAAAUUCCAACUACAUAAGCAGCCAUUUUUGGCUGGAUGUGAUAUUACAGGCGAUCAGAAAGAAUCACAUUUAAAAACCGGCACCUCCGCGUGACAGAAGUGCCUUGAGAUUAUGUCGCACGAUAACCAAUAUUACAACCUUACUUAGGUAAUCGAAAACGCAUUCCGAAAUUCCGGUCAGCAUUUCACGAAAUUGGUCACCUGCUCUAUGUAGCAGUUUUUGUUUACCUAUCGUUUUUCAACCACACAGGUAACGCGAUCUUUUUGCCUAGGCGAUUGCUUGAGAGUUGACUGCAUCCACUGAAUUGACAGACUCUAAAACGAACGAGCAAAACUGCGAAAAGCACUAUGAAGGAAGGAUGGUACUUUGUGAUUAAAAGUCUGAAAAAAGCGCAAGCAAUGUCACCUCUGUUAGUCCACAGUGUUUUCAGUUUGAAAUAAACAUAGACCGGUUUAAUGCGUGUCACGCGCUUGCACCUAUAUUUUUUUAAUCACUGUAAUGGCUUGUGAUGAAGAAUGUAAAAACGGCUUGUGACAGAAAAUCGACGCAUACGAGCAGUAGGCGUUAAAGGCGUUUUAGGUGCGAAGAUCUUUAUCCUCUUAUUCGCGAGGUUGAGUUACGUAGAGAGAAAGCCUUCUCUGCCUUUACACUCGGCUCUAUUUAAAUUGUUCUCUAAAGUCUUUCCCCUAUGCUAUCCUCGCAUACAGAACGGUGUCUCCGACGUCACCAAGAAUCGAACUUCUUCGCCCCAGGGCACUGGGUCCACUUCACCCCCAGCGAGCAAUUCCCCCAACGAUUCAAAGUAUAACUCACUAGACAAGCCACCACUAUCAGGUAAAAAGACUCUAAUGGCUGUGGCGCGGGGAUCGCCCGCCAAUCUUGCUCCUUCGGCCUCUUCCCCUUCCGUUGACAGCACCAGUGCAGAACAGGCUGCCAAGCAGCGACGUAUUCCACCCCGCGACUACGUGCUCCCCGUGACUGACGAGCGCAGCAGUCCACGGCGAAUCGUGAACGGUGCCAGCCAACGAGGAAAUCACACGCCUGUUAUUAGCCCGACGCAAGGAGAUUAUACUCUGCGCACCGAUGCCUUAUCAAAUCACACUCCCCUGAAGGAUCCCAAUUCCUCCAAUGGCCAGAAGGUGCAGCAGACCAGUGCUGACACAAAGCGCAGGUUCAGUGUGGACACUGCGCCGCAGGAGAACUCCCCUUCCAGCUACUACAAGCAGUCUGUGCCAAUCCCGCGACCUAGCGGUUGUUGUAAACUCAUGUAG